CUCACUGACGCUCACAUUUCCAAGAUGGCCGCCUCCAUCUCAGGAUUACUGAAACCUUGGACACCAAGAGUGUUCCUGGUGAGAUGGAGCAGAUACAACCCGUACUAUCUGGAGCCAGAGGUCAGGAAGGAGGUGUACAACAGGCCGGAGGCCGAGCUGAGCGCCCAAGAGAAGGAGCAGCGGGAGCUCAAAGCGCUCAGACCCAUCAAGGCAGCAACCAGUGGAGUCACCAGCUCUGUCUUCAACGACCCAGUCCUCAGUAAAUUCAUCAACAUGAUUAUGAAACAUGGAAACAAGGUUAUGGCCAGAGAGAUCUUGACAGAUACUCUGGAGCAAAUCAAGAGGAAACAGGUGGAGAAAUACAACAAAGCUCCGGCGGGGAAGAAGGACGAGAUCGAGUGUAACCCGUAUGUCAUUUUCCACCAAGCUCUCAACAACUGUAAGCCCAUCGUCGGGCUGGUUAGCAUUCAGAAAGGUGGAAAGUAUUACCAGGUGCCCAUCCCUCUUUCGGAAAACAGACAGCGCUUCCUCGCCAUGAAAUGGAUGAUCUCGGAGUGCAGGGAGAACAGGCACAGACGCACACACAUGUAUGAGAAACUCUCCCAGGAACUGUUGGCAGCCUCUGCGAAGGAGGGCAACGUUAUCAAGAAGAAGUUUGAGAUGCACAAGAUGGCCGAAGCCAACAGAGCCUACGCUCACUACCGCUGGUGGUAGAAAGACGCUCUGGACGCAGAGGGUCGAGGGGCGACUCAGUGACACGUUUGUAAAUAGUGAACAGUGUGAAGGUGUUCUGCAGGAAGGACUGAGCUGUGGGACAACAGUGGAUUAUAAACGGCUCACAGGGAUGGACUUUUUUUCUUUUGAUAAACGAUGUAGUGAAGCAUCACAGCAUUUUUUCAUUUCAACAAAAUAAAACACAUAAAAACUGAAUAAAGGAAAAACUUUCAAAAUUUAUUUGAACAAAUACAGUCGCAUCUGAAGUAAAACCCAACCAUAAAAAAAAUGGAAUUGAGUAAUGUAAAAAUGUUGCAACAAGUUAAUAAAAAAUAUAAACACA